AUGGGCGCGCCGAUCCGGUGGAAGGCUCUCUUGGAGCCGCGAAAGCUCGUCUUCUACUUCUUCUUCUACGGCCUGCACAUCUUCAUGUUCGCCUAUGGCUGGUACAAGCAAGCCACCGACGAGCGCUUGGCCGCGCUGAACUUGCUCAAAUGGUCCGUGUGGAUCUCCCGCGGCGCCGGCCUCGUGCUGUCUCUCGACACGAUGCUCAUCGUGCUGCCCAUGUGCCGGACUCUCCUGCGCCUGGUCCGCCCCAAGAUCCGCUGGCUGCCUCUGGAUGAAUCCAUCUGGUUCCACCGCCAAGUCGCGUACAGCAUGCUCUUCUGGACCAUUGUGCACACGUGCGGGCACUACGUAAACUUCUUCAACGUCGAGGCCACCCAGGUCCGCCCCGAGCUCGCCCUGCAAAUCCACUACACCCAAGCGGGCGGGGUAACCGGACACGUCAUGCUCCUCUGCAUGAUGCUCAUCUACACCACCGCCCACGCCCGCAUCCGCCAGCAGUCGUUCGAGACGUUCUGGUACACGCACCACCUCUUCAUCCCCUUCCUCCUCGGCAUGUACACGCACGCCACGGGCUGCUUCGUCCGCGACACGACGGACCCCAUCUCGCCGUUCGCGGGCAGCGCCUUCUGGAACCACUGCCUCGGGUACGAGGGGUGGCGGUGGGAGCUCGUCGGCGGCGGCCUGUACCUGAUCGAGCGGCUAUACCGCGAGGUGCGGGCGCGGCGCGACACCAAGAUCGUCAAGAUCGUGCGGCACCCGUACGAGGCGGUCGAGGUGCAGUUCGUCAAGCCGUCGUUCAAGUACCGCGCCGGCCAGUGGCUGUUCCUCAACUGCCCCAGCGUGUCGCCGCAGCAGUGGCACCCCUUCACCAUCACGUCGUGCCCGUACGACCCGUACGUGUCGGUGCACAUGAAGCACGUCGGCGACUGGACCCGCGACUUCGCCAACGCCGUCGGCGCCGGCCCCGCCCAGGCCGACUUCUACGACGGCAUCGACCCCAUGGGCAUCUACGAGGUCGCGCUGCAGGCGGGCCAGGAGAUGCCGCCGAUCCGCGUCGACGGCCCCUACGGCGCCCCCGCCGAGGACGUCUUCGAGAACGAGAUCGCGGUGCUGAUCGGCACCGGCAUCGGCGUGACGCCGUGGGCGAGCGUGCUGAAAAACAUCUACCACGAGCGCACGCGCGGCGCGCUCAAGCGGCUGCGCCGCGUCGAGUUCGUGUGGAUCUGCAAGGACACGCGCGCGUUCGAGUGGUUCCAGGCGCUGCUCGCCAGCAUGGAGCAGCUCGACGGCGCCGGCGCCUUCCUCAACAUCCACAUCUACCUCACCCAGAAGAUCGACGCCGACACCGCGAACAACAUCGUCCUCAACUCGGUCGGCACCGACAUGGACCCGCUGACCCAGCUCAAGGGCCGCACCAAUUUCGGCCGGCCGGACUUUUACAAGUUCUUGGGCGGGCUGAGGGACGGCAUCACGACCAGCCAGGGCCCCGAGUUCAUGCCCGGCUUGGAGAGCAGCUUGAAGACGACGGUGGGCGUGUAUUUCUGCGGGCCGACGGUCGCGGCGAGGGAUAUCAAGAAGGCGUGCAAGGAGAGCUCGAGCUCGGAUGUGAAUUUCAGGUUUUGGAAGGAGCACUUUUGA